CAUUUUGAAGGAAAAUCUCGAGGUGUGGCCAAACUAUGCGUCUUAAGGAUGAGGCCGUACAACAAUGAAAAUAGUGGUGUCGAAAGUAAAGUAAGAAAAAAAAAUGAAGAAUGAUGACGAUGGCGAUUAGGUGCCAGGCGAGUGAAACAAGCGAGUGGAAGGGGUCGGUUAGGAUGGAAGCAGCAAGUUCAAGGGCCCUGGGGAAUUUGACUGGCGACAAGAGCCAGUGGCCAGAGGGAGAAAGCGAGAAACGGCCCGUUGUUUGGCCAUUGGCCGCAGCAGGCACACGCGGACUCCCGGAGAAGCAGAAGCCACGCAGACCUGACAGACUCCGUUUGGGGGUACCCGGUACUUGUGCCAAGGGUACUCGGACAGUCGGGCACGCGGGUAUCUGUACGAGCAAAACAGGUCCACAGCAUGCCAGUUGACCUCUGUCUGUAAUCAGCGAUGGAUUCUUUUCUUUCUUCUUCCAGUGCGGGUAGUCCGCUAAAGUUCCAGUCCAGCUGUCGCAGUCUGGUGGUUCUACGGAGCACAAGGUGCACUAAAGAUGAGGCCGCCCAGAAG